GUCCAGAGCUAUUCCCGAACAUGAUGAAAAUAAUCAUGUGAAUCCUGCUAUGUGGGGUUCGAUGGCGGGGUUCGGGAACUUGGGUACUACUGGCAUCCCGUCAUUCGACGUGCCAGAGAUUGCUAAUCCAACCGCAUUCCUUCAGACUCACACUGAUGACCACGCAGACCCUUCAUGUCGUAUCAAAAUCCAGCACGGCACUACAACUUUGGCAUUCCGCUUCAAGGGCGGCAUAAUUGUUGCAGUAGAUUCUCGUGCAACAGCUGGGAGCUAUAUUGCCUCGGGAACUGUGAAGAAGGUCAUUGAAAUUGACAGAUAUUUAUUGGGUACAAUGGCUGGUGGUGCCGCCGAUUGCCAGUUCUGGGAGACUUAUCUCGGGAUUCAGUGCAGGCUUCAUGAGCUUCGGAACCGCGAACGCAUAUCAGUAGCUGCUGCCAGCAAGUAUCUCAGUAACCUUGUCUACAGUUAUAAGGGCACGGGUCUCAGCAUGGGAACGAUGAUAUGUGGAUGGGACAAAACAGGCCCCGCAUUGUACUACGUCGACUCUGACGGAACACGUCUCAAAGGCGACGUAUUCUCUGUUGGUUCGGGUAGCACCUUUGCAUAUGGUGUCCUCGAUCAGGGGUAUCAUUGGGAUCUCUCAGACGAGGACGCUCAGGAACUCGGGCGGCGAAGCAUAUAUGCAGCUGGUCACCGUGAUGCCUUUUCAGGAAACACUGUCAAUUUGUAUCAUGUGAGGGAAACUGGUUGGGAGUUUAUCGGAAAUUAUGAUGUCACUAAACUACACUAUGAGGGACCUGGGCAGGUACCUGGAGCGCCAGGCGGUGGGUAUGGAUAUAAUGUACGGACCCAGGGUCUCAGUGCCUCUGAUGAUCCUGUCCUACCAACUGCAUCGACAACAGCAGUUGCUGCAUGAGGCCCUUUGUGCACAUAUGUAUCCUCACAAAUGAUGCAGUUACAUGAGUCCGUUCAAAUCAUGUUCAUGUUCAUGAGGAAAUGUGAGUUUGAGGGGAUUGGACGGCUGUAUGUCAUCGCGCACCCGGCAAUCAGUCGGAGAAAGCUGGGCGUUGUUUCCCUCGAAGGCCCGGGCGUCUAUGCAGCCGAAACAUGCUAGAUGCUCCCUUAUGUAUAUAAUGAUUGUACCACCCCUAACCUGAGGUCAUUCGCUGCCGGGCCUCUGAACAGC